UUGACUAUUCCAAAUUUUCAUCGUUUUAUGUUCUACUGAAUUCAAGUGAAAUGACUGGUUUAUUUACUCUUUGCUGGAAUGCUAUUUUUUGGAGGGAUUUUAUGAAUUACCUCUAUAUAAUGACUUAUAAAAUUAAUCAAAUUGUUAAAGAACAUUAAUUAUUCUAAUUAUGUUUUUAGUUUUUGCUUAAUAUUUAUGUAUGUUUUUACUUGUGCUAAUAGUCUAUUUAAAUAUAUUUGCUAAUAAAUAUUCGCAAAGCUAAACAGUCAUAAUUUACAAUGAUGGAAGAAUUCGAAACUUUAUCUCUUACAAAAUCUUGUUAUGCACACAAACCAGCCAAACUAAAGAAGAAGAAAUUUAAUAAAGCAGGUUCUAUUCACAAUGAGGAUAACUUUGCUCUAUGGGAUGAAAUGGCAUCUAAAAUUAAGCUUAUUGAAAAAAAAGCCUAUGCUGACAUAUUUGAAGCAAUUCAUGACUUUGUUCAAAGUUGUUUGAAGUUUCCAUGUUCAGAUCCUAAAGAUAUUCCUGCUGCUGUUCUAGUAAUGGGUGUAAAUAUGUCUGAUCAUUCCCACAUUUUCCAUUUCUUAGAGACCUAUCUUCAUCUAAAUGAUGUAUACACUACUGUUAUUUUAGAAUCUAAAAAGUGCCACAAUUUCUUAGCAGUCAUGCAAACUAUAUAUUUUGAACUUUUAGAUAAGUUUGAACAGCAUUUCAAUUUUGAUGAUGAUCUGCCUAAGAAACAAGAUUGUUCUUUUGAUAAAUUGUAUCAGUGCUACCAAAACCUUAUUGAAAAAAUGUCCAACAAAAAGAGGACUCCCAAAAAGAAGCAACAUAAUGUGGAUGUGUCAAGAAUGCCAAUUGUUUUACUUAUUCAAGAUGUUGAGAAUUUCAAUGCUGAACUUUUGAAAAAACUAGUCUUAAUUUGCAGAUUAUAUUCAGCUAAGCUUCCAAUAAUCCUAAUAUUUGGAAUGUCAUCUGCCAUGGUAUCUUUGCACAAUAUUUUACCCGAAGAAGCAUAUUCAUGUCUCGAAGUUGAGACUUUUCAUUCAGUUUCUGCCACAGAUUUUCUAACCAGGGUUAUUGAUGAGGUUGUUAUAUCACCCGUUCAACCAUUCAAGCUUGGUCCAAAAGUGUUUAAACUAAUAAUUGAUACAGUUCUUUACCACGAUUUCUCUGUAUCAAAUUUGUCUUACCUUUUAAAAUUUUCCAUUAUUGAGCAUUUGCAUGAAAAUAGACUUGCAGCCCUUUGUUGUCACGAGUCUGAAAUCAGUGAAAGAGUAGAUGAAUUGAAUAAUGAAGAUUUACAAGCUAUCAGAUCUCUUCCUUCAUUCAGAGUGUAUAUAGAAAAUAAUCCAAGCCUUCUCUCCACUUUAAGCAAACCAUCUGGAUUAAAGGAAUUUAUUAUUACUUAUAUUAAAAAACUUUUUGAUGAUCAGAAAGUAAUAAUGGUGCUUUUGAAAUUAUUGCAUUGUUUCGUUAAAGAUCUUCCUGAAUAUCCUCUAGGAAAGCAGUUACGGGAGCUUUAUUCUUUGUCAUUAGAAAGAGAAAUUUGUUUGUCUCCUUCGUAUGCUGCUGCUGAGAAACUGCUGAAGAUGCAAUCCCAAAAUAAUUUAUUGCAAAAGCUGCAAGCAGGUCUUGAAGUCUUAAAAGUGGCUUCUUGUGAACUGAGCUUUGAUGUGAUAAAAAAUGCUCAACUAGCUGUGGAAAACUGCAUUCAAAAAUUGUCUAAUCUCUCAACAAGUGAUUUUGAUAAGAAGAUUCAAGAUCCUCUUUCCCUUCAAACUGAAAAAAUCACCAGUAGAUUUCAAUUUCAAGAGCUAAUCCAGAAAAGCAUAAAACAAAAGCGCUCCAAUUAUGAAGCUUUGAGAAAUGAAAUAAUAGAGGAUUUAUUGUCAAUAUUUAAGUAUAUUAGACCUCCAUCUACUUUUCCAUUGAAUGAGAUAUUUUACUUUGAUAAUGUGGCUUCUGUAAAGCAGCAUUUAAUGGCCGUUCCUCGAGUUACUGCUUGUCAUGCUCUGGCAAAUCCUCAGCAUUAUUUUAAGUGUGAAUGCUGUAAGAUUUCUGAUCCCGAGGAGACUAAAGCAUCACUACCUGACAUUAGUUUAUUGUAUAAAUUGCAUCUUGAAUCUGGAAAGUUAAUUAACCUUAGAGAUUGGUUAGAGGCUUUCAAAGUUACGAAAAGCAAUGGGCCGAAGAAAAGAGGAAAAUCAAAAAUAAAGGAGAAUGAUGAUGAACUGAAUAUUCGAUUCUUACAGGCAAUCUCUGAACUACAAUUACUUGGAUUCAUAAAAUCUACCAAAAGAAAAACUGAUCACGUAGCUAGAUUAACGUUUGGAAUUUUUUGAUUUUAAUUUUUGAUUCAUUUGGUUAUUUUUUAACCUCACUAUUUCACAUUAUGUACAUUGUAUAAUAAAAAUUUUUGUAUUUUUCUAGCAAA